AUGAAUGAGAAACAAAUAUUAGGAGUUGCUGGUAGCAGUAAUGAUGUACACCUUAUGACAUUAGAAUAUUAUAACGAACAUAAAGAUGAACUGAAAGGAGAGAAGGGUGACACCGGACCACAAGGAAUACAAGGACCUCAAGGAAUACAAGGACCUCAAGGAAUACAAGGACCUCAAGGCGAAAACGGUUUGGAUGGAAAGGAUGGAAAGGAUGGAAAAACUGCUAAAUCAUGGAUAUGGGACCUUAUAAAUACUGGUUUAACAGCUGCUUCAUAUGGAGUUCUUCAAUACCAAAUCGGAAAGAUAUGGGCUGUACUUGGUGAAGAAGCUUUAGAUGACGUCAAAAAUGCUUUGAACUUCAUUUCAAAUGGUUCGGAUACUAUUAAAACUUUAUCUGGUUGGAUGCAAGAAACAAGGAGUCAAAUAGAUACUGUAAGACGUAUAGCAAACAAUGCACGUACGGGAUUGGAUACUUUACGAAAAGCACAAAAUACACUAAAGGAAGCAAAUGAUAUUCUUGGCUCAGUAUCAGACAUGCAUGAAGAUUGGCUUAAAGGUAUUGACAAAUCUUUAAAAAAUCACAGUCAGUCUAUUGCUGACUACAAGAAAAGUAUAGAUUUUUUACAUAGUGCUAUGGACGUACAUGAUGGAAGCAUAAGGAACUUACUUAAUGCUAACAAUAACUUACCAGGAACUAUUAAAGCAUUUAUAAAGUCCUUUGUAAAACCCGGUGCUCUAACAUUUAGGUCUUUGAGAGCAAGAGCAUUGAA